GCAGCAGAAGGAAGGCACGUGACAUGGCGAUGUGGGCGCCAAGUGCAGGGCCCUGGGGGCCCCGAUUGGCCGCCCCCCGAGCGACACGCGCCCGGCCCUCUGAGAAGCCCAGAGGCGGAGCCCUCUCUGGGCUUCUGCCCGCCGGCCUGGCGGCGGCGGCGGCCAUGAGAUCUCGGCUGGCCAGGCGCAUCUCGAGGUCCGACCCUCUGGCAGGGGUGCCGGAGAGUGCCUGGCCCCUUCUGCAGCGCGCGGAGGAGGCAGAUGCCUCCUUCGGCUGGCAGCAGAUUGCCGCGGGGCUCGACGGCUGGCGUCGGGCCUUGGAGGGCGGGCAAGUCUGGGAAGAGGCGAGCUGGCCGAUGGCAAGUCUGCGGCAGAUGUGGACCGAGACGCUGCGGGACCUCGACCUGCCGCGGCUCACCCGGAGGUACCCCGAGCUCAUCGACCCACUCCUUUUCCGCCUGCUGGAGAUCUCAGUGCAGCUGAGCGAGGCCAUGGGGGAUGCUGCGGAGGAUGCCAAAGCUCAGGGGGGUGGGCAGGACAAGUCCAGGGACGACGCCCAGGGGGAUGGGGACACCGCCGACCAGCAGAGCAAUGGCCAGCAGGGCAAGCACCCGGAUGCGCAGCAGAUCAACCAGGAGCAGUCAGAAGAUCCCAAUACGCAGCCUGCCGGGGAGACCUUGGCCCAGGAGCUGAUGGACGAAUUUCGGCAGGACUGGGAACCGGCAGUGGACGCCCUCAACGAAGCCGAGGAGGCCUUCGGCCUGGGCUGCGCCCGGAGCCUCGCGGAGCACUUUGCCGGGGACGGCGGGAGGUGGCGCCGCUCUCAGGGCUGGCGGGCGGCCCGGAAGCUGCGCAAGCUCCUGGCGAAGCUGCCGGACCUCAGGAAGCUGGUCCUGCGCAUCGGGCGCCGCGCCGCGGUCAAGGGCCGCCGGCGCUGGCUGCCACGGGAAGAGGAGGACAUGUCCACGGCCUGGGGCGUGGCGCGGUCACGGCAGGCGCAGACGGAGACCUCGGGCCUCGCGAGGAGCGGGUCCCUGGAGCUGAUGUUGCCGGCGGAGGCGCACCUCCUGGUGCACGGCCGACGUCGGCCCGCGCUGAGGGCGCUGCACCACGCCCGGCGCCUGGAGCAGUCCCUGGUGAGCUACGACAGGAACUCCUGGCAGCAGCUGCCCACCCGCGAGCUGAACUCUGAGGAGGUGCGGCCUGCCGGAGAAAAUGGACCCCUGAUCCUUUGCCUGGACACUAGCGGCAGCAUGGCGCGCAAAGGUGGUGCACCGGAGACGGUGGCAAAAGCCUUGGUGUUCGAAUGCCUGCGUCAAGCCCAGCAGCAGAAGCGGCGGUGUUGCCUCUUCGCUUUCUCCACAGGUGAAGAGCUCAAGCAGAUGGAGCUGGACCUUACUGGGGAUGGCCUGGAGGGCUUGUUGGACUUCCUCAGCUUCGCGUUUCACGGGGGCACCUCCUUGAACGAAGUGCUCACUGCAAGCGUGGAGAGGCUCCACCGUGCGCAGUGGCAGAAUGCCGACCUGCUGGUGGUGACGGAUGGAGAGGUGCCGAAGCCGGAGGCCAGCGUCCUGGCGGAGCUGCAGGAGGCGAAGGACCUUAUUGGCGCCCGGGUCUACGGCGUGGUAGUGGGCAGCCAGCCAGGCGCGGUCAUGGUGGAUCUCUGCUCGGAGCUCUACCACUUCAAGCGGCGAGGCCAGUCGGAUCCAUCCGAAUCCCUGGACUCCAAGACUUGGGCGCUGCGCCGCGUCAACGUCGCCAUGGCGGCGGCGUUUGUCGCGGGGGAGAGGUCGCGUGGUGCUUUCGCAGGUCAGACCCUUCCAUCGCCGCGCACAUGUCGCACAGCACGCUACGCCGACGGGCGGGAGGCCAAGUACCAGAUCUGGGACAAGCGCGAGCGCCAGCGGCGCCUUGAGCGUGAGAAGGAGCUGGAGUCGAAGAUGGGAAAGCGCUUCCAGUGGGUCGGCGGUCGCUGGCUCACAAAGGAGGAGUCGGAGGCGCAGAGUGCCAAGAUCGAGACGGUCUACCAGGAGUCGCGCUUGGGGGAUGCCAACCUACAGCUGGAGUUGAAGAAGCACUUCCAGAGUAGGUUUCUUUCGCCCUAUCCACUUCGUGACGUGCCACAAGACGUGGUGGCUGCUCAGUGGGCGGAGGAGACGCUGGGCCGCUUCGAGGACCAGCUGCUGUCGCUGCUGGUGCGCGCCUCCAGGGAGGCCUCGCGCCUGGGCCAGCGCCGCUUCGAGCCCGAGGCUGCGCUCCUGGGUCUUUUCCGCUGUCCUGUGGGCAAGGAAAUUUGCCGACAAGGCCUCGGGGAUUGCGAGGAUGUCACCGAAAGGUGCCGUCAGCUGCUGGAGCGCUGCAUCCGGCGCUCUGCGGACUCGGGGGCUUUCGACUUGGAGGAUCUGCCCUUCAGCCCCGAGCUGCGGCGACUUCUGGAGGCCGUGGAGGCCGAGCGGGCGCGCUUGCAGCAUGAAGAGGCGCAGGUGGCGCACCUGGCGCUCGCCCUCACCUCUCCCAAGUUUCGGCCCAGCUGGCAGGCGCUCGCGGAGCUCGGUGUGGAGCCGCAGGCGCUUCGCCCCGCGGCGCUGGCGAACUUGGGGGGCGCCCUGGCGGCGGCUGAGGCGCAUGCGGAGGCCUGGCUGUGGGACCUGUGCGCCGAUGUGGGGCCGCAGCCGCGACGGCGGCCCCUGAAGGGCUUGCAGGUGGCCUACACCACGGUCUCGCGUGGUCUGGUGGAGCGCUCCGUUGAGGCGAAGCUGCUACUCUUGGCCGCUCUGUCAGGUGGCCGCUUGUGGAGCUGCAGAAUUGGCCGGCUGUGGCACGGCAUCAAGUGGGAUCCCCUCCGCCGAGGGGAUUUCAGCAUUUGCCCGGUGAUUCAGAAGCUACUAACUGGGACAGGGGAGCACCUCUUCCUGCUGGGCUCUCCGGGUACCGCCAAGAGCCUGCUGGCCCGGCGCCUCUCCAAGGUGUGUGAAGGCUCCUUCUUUGAACGGCUCUUGACGAGGUUCACGGUGCCUGAGGAGCUCUUUGGGCCUCUGUCGCUGAGCGCCCUGGAGCAGGAUGAGCUGCGGCGGAAGACCAAGGGCUAUCUGCCGGAAUGCGACGUGGCCUUCAUCGACGAGAUCUUCAAGGCGAACAGCUCCAUCCUGAACGCCCUGCUCGUGAUCCUCAACGAGCGCCGCUUUGACAACGGGGACCAGCGGGUGGAGGUGCCGCUCUGGUGCGCGGUGGCAGCCUCCAACGAGCUGCCGGACACGGAUGAGUUGGACGCCCUCUAUGACCGCUUCCUGCUGCGUCGCAAGGUGGCGCGGAUCUCCAAGAGGUCGGUGCCGGACUUCUUGCGGCAAACCUUAGAUCAGGACAGUGUGGGGUCCUCGCUGGAGGUGGGCUCUGGAGCCUUGCUCACCAUUGAGGACUCCUGGGACUUGCAGCGGCAAGCCCAGGCGGUGGACUUCCCCGAGGAGCUGCUGGAGAUCAUUGCGGAGCUCAGGGAGUUCCUGGCAGAGGAGUCGGAGCCCCGCUUCGAGGUGUCGGACCGGCGCCUGGCGAGGGCGGCGCGGCUGCUCCGCAUCGCGGCGGCGGCGGCAGGUGGGAAGGUGGUGGUGGAGGCCGACCUCCUGCUGCUGCGGCACAUGUUCUGGGACCGAGACCCUGAGCAAGGCCAGCUGGUCACCGAGUGGCUCCUGCGGCGUCUAGGGGACGCGGGAGCUGGCAAGAAGGCUUGGCCCUUUCUGCUGGAGGGCCUCCAGACGCGGCUUCGGCACGGCCUCAAGGGCCCCGGCCUGGAUGCCGCCCGGCGGGACCUCCGCAGCCUGCAGCAGGCUGCGGCGCGUGCCAUGCUCCGCUUGGCGCAGAUUGCGCAUGACGCACCCUCUGAGGUGGCUGAGGGCCCGGACAGGUUCUUCUGGCUGGGGGAGAAAGAGAGGCGCCAGGCCUGUGAACUGGGCAGACGAUGCCAGGAGGAAUCUCAGCGGCUGCAAGACGUGCUCCGCGAGACCUCGGUGCUGAUCCAGUUGGCCUCGGUGGAGGAUGAGCAACAGCGGGAGGAGCUGCUUUGUCGCCGCCUGGGCAUGGAACGCGCCACCCAGAAAAAGGAGGUCCGCUAUGACGAGUGGGGCGACGAGAUCUGACGCCGUGAAUCGUUUCAGCCGGCUCACGCCACCACCCCAGGCAGGCGGGGGCUGGCAGCACCUUUCUUCCGAGCCACGCAAAUGGCUCUGGACUCCGUCUCGGUCGGAGUCGAAACUGAAUUCAUUCUGACUGUGGCAGCCCCUAAGCCACACUGGGCCGAGACCCUGAAUGAUGCCAUUGAAUUCCAGGCUGCACUUUGAAUGCGCUGGCAGACUCUGGACGCUUGAGCAGAGACACAAUCC